AUGGGUUCCAUUUCCACACAAGCACCCGUGGCGCCGCCACCGUCCAGCAAGACGACAUACAAAAUCGCCUCGAUCCCCGCCGACGGGAUUGGGCCAGAGGUGAUUUCGGCGGGAAUCCAAGUCCUCGAGACGCUGGCCGAGACAUACGGCACAUUCCACUUCGAUUUUACGCACUUCGACUGGUCGAGCGAGACAUACCUCCAAACGGGACGAUAUAUCCCCGAAGGCGGACUUGACAAACUACAAACAUUCGACGCCAUCCUGUUCGGCGCGGUAGGCGACCAGCGUGUGCCGGACCACAUCUCACUUUGGGGCCUACGGCUCGCAAUCUGCCAGGGAUUCCAGCAGUAUGCAAACGUGCGGCCGACGCGGAUUUUAAAGGGCGUGACGUCGCCAUUGGCGGCGUGUCAACCGUCAGAGUCCGAGACGAACCGCCAGAAACUCGACUGGGUCAUUGUGCGCGAGAACAGCGAAGGCGAAUACGCCGGCCAAGGUGGACGGUCGCACGUGGGACAGCCAUGGGAGACGGCGACCGAAGUCAGCAUCUUCACGCGCCACGGAGUGGAGCGCAUCAUGCGGUUCGCAUUUGAAGUGGCGCGAUCCCGGCCGCGCAAGAAGUUGACCCUGGUGACCAAAUCCAAUGCCCAGCGCAACGGCAUGGUUCUGUGGGAUGAAGUGCACAAGGUUGUGGCUGCCGAUUACCCGGACGUCGAAAGUGACAAGAUGUUGGUUGAUGCCAUGACCUGUCGCAUGACCUUGCAGCCCGAAUCCAUCGAUACCGUCGUCGCCACCAACUUGCAUGCCGAUAUCCUUUCGGAUUUGGCGGCCGCGUUGGCAGGCAGCAUCGGUAUCGCGCCCACAAGCAAUCUAGACCCGACGAGACAGAGACCCAGUAUGUUUGAGCCCAUUCACGGCUCUGCCUGGGACAUUGCCGGUAAGGGCGUCGCCAAUCCCGUCGGCACGUUUUGGACUGCAGCAGAGAUGGUCAAGUGGUUGGGCAGGGAUGAUGCAGCCGACUUGUUGAUGACCGCCGUGGAGAAUGUCUUGCAACAGGGUGUCAAGACUAGAGAUCUCGGCGGUAAGGCCGGCACCAAGGAGGUUACCGAUAACGUGUGUGCUGAGAUCCGACGAUUGGCUAAGGAGCGGAAUUUGGCUUCGGCGUCUGGCUCGAAGAAAUGA